AAACUCAUCAUUAAAAUUCCAAUAAUGACCUCAGUUGUGUUACCAAAAUUGUGGGAGUCGCUGUCCUCGGGCCCAUUGCUGUGCAGCCUGCGGCAGGGCAGUCUAUCGUCGGGUCUUCGAAGGGCCAGCACGCUGCCACGCGAGGAGCGCAAGACCAUCGAGGAGCCCUACCGGAUAUUCCUGCAGUGGCUGGCGGCUGUUCAGCAUCAGGUGCCACAGCUGCGACCCCGACUGGCGUGCAUGGCCACCGUGGACAAGGCCGGCGAACCGGUGACGCGGCUGACCAAAAUCGAUGCUGUGAACUCCAGUGGGAUCACCUUCUACACUAACUUGGGGAGUCGACAGGCGGGCGAGAUAAGCAGCAAUCCGCACGUGUCGCUGCACUUCAACUGGGCACCGCUUAUGCGCAGCGUUCGCAUUUCUGGCACCGCCCGGCAGCUAAGCGCUGAGCAGGCGUUGCACCAGUUUCACAGGUAUCCGCGCCACGUCCAACUCUGCCUUGCCUAUGGCCCACAGGCGUCGCAGGCACCGACCUCCCGCAUAUCAGGCGCCUUGCAGUGGCUGGCCGAGCGAAUGGGCUCGCUGUUUGGACAGCAGCAUUUGGAUAUACCCAUGCCUGCCAAUUGGGGCGGCUUUCUGCUCACGCCAUGUCUCUACGAGUUUGGCAUGGACAAAGGCGGGCCAAACGGAAGGACAUGCAUGAGGUUCAGGCGCUGCCUGACGAUGCCAAGGGGCGCUAGAGAUAAGAACAUAAAUGGGGAAAGACAUGACUGGGUCUAUGACUCUUGCGUGGAGCACGAUAGCUGAGGCUGAGGUCAAUUCUUUUCAAUAUUAAUAUUUGGCAUUCAUACAUUCAUUGCGGCAUGCAUCAUUCGUCAUCUGUUGGCAUGCAAUCUACUAAAAACUUUCUAUGAACUCCAUUAAAUAAACUUUUGAUGGGA